GCUUCAGGUGUUGGUAAAUUUUCAAAUUGUUGCAUUGUUAUUGUAUACAAAUUUUUCAAGGAUUUUAAAAUUUAUUUUACAUAUAUGCACAUGAUUGUAAUAUUUUGUAAUAUUGAUACUUUAUAAUUUUUGAUUGAUUGGAAAUAUUUGUAUGUAACGCCAUAAUAGUAAUUUCUCAAAUGUUUUUAUUCAUUCUUCUGUACUCUUAUACUUUAUUACACCGCAUCUAUUGCAUUUGUUUUUUUUAAUUUGUAUAUUUCCAUGGUGCGCACGUGCGUACAUAACUGCGAAUGUUUUACUUGUGUAAGUUUAUAACUACAUAUCAUUCGAAAUGACAGCUGAGGAACAUCAUCAUCAACAACAAAGCUAUUGGACGAAAACUUUGGAGUGCAGUAAACCUGAGUGUGUUAAUUGUGGGACUCGGGAAACACCACUUUGGCACUCAACCGAAUCCGGUAAUCUAUGCAAUGAAUGUCUUGAGAAAAAAAGAUCUACCCAGGGUAAUGGUGAAACGAAAAAUGAGGAAGACGACAAAAGUGGAAUCUUAAAACCAAUUAGACGAAGUACGAGGAUCACGAGGUAUUGUAACUCAAAACCGAGUGCUCCACAUAAGAUUGUACCAAAGGGUAAAGGCAGGAGAAACCUGUUUAAAAAAACGCCAGUGAAAGCUCCGACCGCCACUGCAACUCCUGUUACAAGCAAUUUUGUAUUCUAUAAAGGUACUUAUUUUCAAGUUGGAGAUAUAGUUUCGAUGCAAGAUAUAGACGGUGGCAUUUAUUAUGCUCAAAUACGUGGAUUACUUACUGAUCAGUAUUGCGAGAAGAGUGCUGCUGUGACUUGGUUAUUGCCAACUACUGCAAGUCCACCUCCGGAAGAAGGAUUUUCUCCAGAAACUUAUAUCGUUGGACCUGAGGAAGAUUUACCACGAAAAUUGGAAUGUAUGGAAUUUGUUAUGCAUGCUCCAUCCGAUUACUAUAAACUUAAAAAUACUCCCUAUCCACCACCAUUAUUGGAAAAAGGGGUUGGAUAUGUUUGGACAACUUUGAGGAAUGAGAUUAAUAUGUUUAAAAAAUGAUGAUAUUAUUAGAUCUUAUAUAUUAGAUAGAUUUUAUUUAUUCUAUUAUUAAGAAGAAAUAAUUAUCUGUUAAUAUAAAUAUAAUUACCUUUUGAUUUUGUAAUGUUCCUUUUUUUGCUCUUAAUCUUAUUUCGUUAAACAAAGUUACUUAUGUAGUUAAGAUAAAAAUUUAAGAUAUGUCAGAGAAAUGUUUAUUAAAUAUAUUUUUAUUACAUUAUAACAUAAAUGUUUAAUGUUUUUAAUAAUAUUAUAAAGGGUUGUGUGUGUUUUUAAUAAACAAAAUAUAAGUAUAUAUUACUAUGAAUAAUGGGAGAAAUGCAAUAGUUGGUAUGUAAUAACAUAGAAUUAGUGUACCUUCAGAACUAUACAGAAACAGUAUUGAACAGUUUGUAUUUCCCAAAAAUAUAGGGAUUAACUGCUUGUUCUCUUUGUAUAUUGUAUAAUACAAAAUUUCAAUAUACUUUUCGAAUCUCUUAA